AUCUUAUUAAAUCUCUCUCUGGACGCCAUCUCUCUCUCUCUCUUCAUAUCUUCAUCUCACUUGAUUUCAUAUUUCUUCAAUCUAUGGCUUGAUGUUCAUCUGCAUUACCACUUCAGCGUCGCUGCAAUCCACUCCUUUUUCAGGUUUGAAUUUGUGGAAUUAUGAGAAAUCCCAAUAGGUAUUGCCUGAUCGAUUUAUUUCCUUGCCUUUUGCUAUUGGGCUGCGUGAUUCAUGUGGUUUUAGCUGCGGAUUAUGUUCCAGCCGAUAAGAUUUUACUAAAUUGCGGUGCAAGUGGUGAAUUGAACGAUGAUGAUGGUAGGCAAUGGACCUCCGAUGUAGGGUCGAAGUUUGCAUUAGAAGGUGCAAAUUCGAUAGUGUCGGAUGCUGCUACCCAGAAACCUUCUGUUCCAACAGUCCCUUACAUGACUGCUCGUAUUUUCCGAUCUGCGUUCACCUAUAGUUUUCCUGUAGCAUCUGGCAGGAAAUUUAUCCGCCUUUACUUUUAUCCUGCAUCUUAUGCUAAUCUUGAUGCCUCCAAGGGUGUCUUUUCUGUUGUUUCCGGACCAUAUACCCUUUUGAAAAACUUCAGUGCAGCCGAGACCACGACCAAUCUCAACUAUGAUUUCAUCUCUAAGGAGUAUUCUAUCAACGUGGAAUCUGGGACUUUGAAUAUAACAUUCACUCCUUCUCCAGAAACUCCUGACUCGUAUGCAUUUGUCAAUGGUAUUGAAGUUGUGUCUCAUCCAGAUAUUUAUGCUUCUGCGGGAACUUCUACAAGUGUUGGUGCCACCAUAGCUGUCGACAUCGACAACUCCACCGUCCUUGAAAAUGUCUAUCGGUUAAAUGUUGGUGGGCAGUCUAUUUCGCCUUCUGGGGAUACUGGGCUCUUUAGACCGUGGGGAGGUGAUACUCCUUAUACGUUUGGGGCUUCCAAUGGGGUUCCUGUGGCUGCUGAUCCCAACAUCACAAUCACAUAUCCUUUGGGUAUGCCGGAAUAUGUUGCACCAGUCGAUGUCUAUAAAACUGCCAGGUCGAUGGGCCCGACGCCUGCAAUCAAUGUGGGUUACAAUCUGAGUUGGUACUUUGAUGUUGACACUGGAUUUUCAUACCUGGUUAGGCUUCAUUUCUGUGAAGUUGCUCCGGAUAUCAGCCGUAUCAACCAAAGGGUGUUUGAAAUCUUUAUCAACAAUCAGACCGCAGAGACUGAGGCGGAUGUGAUUGCUUGGGCAACAAAGAGUAAAGUUCCUGUGUUUAAAGACUAUAUCGUCUUUUUCCCUCCGGGGGCUCCCCGAGAUGAUCUGUGGCUUGCACUGCAUCCUAAUACUGCUGCAAAGCCGGAAAGGUAUGAUGCAAUCUUGAAUGGUGUGGAGAUAUUUAAGAUUAAUGCUAGUAGUGGUAAUCUUGGAGGAUCGCUUCCAGCUCCGGCUCCAACACAAGAAAUCAUCGACCCCUCCAGGGGAGUAUCAUCCCGGAAAUCAGGUGAAUCAAGCAACAAAAGUGGGAUAAUCGGUGGCGGCAUCGGAGGCGGCAUUGCCCUCAUCCUCCUUGUUGGUCUGUUUGUGUGCUUUCUUUCCCGUAGAGGCAAGCAACGCAAGGAUCCUAACUCAAGUGAUGGUCCAUCGGGUUGGCUCCCGCUUUCUUUAUAUGGAAACUCACACUCUUCAGGCUCUACGGCUAAGACAAAUACCACCGGAAGCUAUGCUUCCUCCCUGCCUUCGAAUCUCUGCCGCCAUUUCUCGUUUUCCGAGAUCAAAGCCGCCACGAACAACUUUGAUGAGGCUCUACUUCUUGGUGUUGGUGGAUUCGGGAAGGUUUACAAGGGAGAAAUCGAUGGUGGAGUGACUAAAGUUGCAAUCAAGCGAGGGAACCCACUCUCUAAUCAAGGUUUGAACGAAUUUCAAACCGAGAUCAAAAUGCUUUCAAAACUUCGUCAUCGUCACCUUGUUUCUUUAAUUGGUUAUUGUAAAGAGAACACCGAGAUGAUCCUUGUAUACGAUUACAUGGCUCAUGGAACACUUCGUGAGCAUCUUUACGAUACACAAAAUCAACCUUUGACAUGUAAGCAACGGCUUGAGAUUUGUAUAGGCGCUGCCCGUGGUCUACACUACCUUCACACGGGUGCCAAACACACCAUCAUCCACCGGGAUGUCAAGACAACAAACAUCCUCUUGGACGAGAAAUGGGUUGCCAAAGUGUCUGAUUUCGGGCUAUCAAAGACGGGUCCUGCUGUGGAUCACACUCAUGUAAGCACCGUCGUGAAGGGUAGUUUUGGGUAUCUAGAUCCCGAAUACUUCAGGAGACAACAGUUGACGGAUAAAUCGGAUGUUUACUCAUUUGGGGUGGUGCUUUUUGAGAUCUUAUGUGCACGGCCCGCCCUGAACCCGACACUUGCGAAGGAGCAAGUGAGCUUAGCUGAAUGGGCUCAACACUGUCACACAAAGGGAAUUCUUGACCAGAUCAUCGACCCGUAUCUGAAGGGAAAGAUUUCGCCGGAAUGUUUCAAGAAAGUGGCAGAGACCGCCGUGAAGUGCGUAGCGGACCAAGGGAUCGAAAGGCCAUCGAUGGGGGAUGUUCUGUGGAACCUCGAGUUUGCUCUACAACUUCAAGAGAGUGCGGAAGAUAGUGGCGGCAAAGGAGCAUUGGAGUUAGAAGAGGGGGUUUAUGAUGAUGUGCCGCUGAAAGGAAAGACGGAGAAGGGUGGUUAUGAGGGAAACGUGACAGAUUCAAGAAGCAGCGGAAUGUCGAUGAGCAUCGGCGGUCGAAGUCUCGCUAGCGAGGACUCAGAUGGGUUAACGCCGAGUGCGGUUUUCUCACAGAUCAUGAACCCGAAAGGCCGCUAAAGUCGGAUUCAGGUGAGUAUCCGGGAACUUGAUUCGAUUGUGAUAAAUUCUUUUUUACACACAGUUUGAUUAUAAGAUCUUUUCUUUUAAUUAUUAUUUUGGGUACUCUGAAAAUGGAAACCUCGUCUAAUUAUAAGAUGUAUGUACAAGUUUAAGAAGGGUUGGUUUGAUUA